AUGUCUUCUUCAAUUUCUCGGAUCCACAAGCGUCUUGCGUAUGGCAAAGAUGCCCAUACCUACUAUCCAGUCCUCAUUGUAGGCGCCGGCGAAUCGGGGGUGGCCAUGGGCUGUCGGCUCAAAGAGGUCUUGGGCACAGAUCAGUUCCGGAUCUUUGAGAGGCAGUCGGGGAUUGGAGGUACCUGGUGGAUUAAUCGGUAUCCAGGAGCUGCUUGCGAUAUUCCAGCGGCUUUCUACUCAUUCUCUUUUGCCCCGAAGAUGAACUGGUCUACUUUGCAUCCAGCAGGUCCGGAGCUCGCACAGUAUAUGGCUGAUGUGUGCGAGAAAUAUCAGAUCGUGGACAAGAUCCAAUUUAAUACAGAUGUUAAGGAGCUUCGGUGGAUUGAAGCUGACGAGGAAUGGGAGGUUACUGUCUCGCAUCUUGUUCCUGGGACUGGUGACCUCGCACAACAUGAGCGGGACCGCCUGGUAGCCCAGGAUGGUGAGCACCGUGUCUAUGUCAAGACAGAGAUCGUCCGAGCAAAGGUAGUUGUCAGCGGUGUUGGUGGUCUGGUGGAGCCCAAGAAUCUGCCAACAGAUAUCCCCGGCUUUGAGAAUUUCGAGGGCGAAAUUAUGCACACAGCCCGGUGGAACGAUGAAAUUGAUCUUGAAAACAAAGACGUCAUCAUGGUUGGCGCGGGCUGCAGCGCCGCCCAGGUGAUCCCCGAGCUGGCCAAGCCAGAAGCCAACGUUCGAUCCAUCACUCAGCUCAUGCGGACACCGCCAUGGGUCCAGCCUGAUCUGCUACCCGCUAGACAACUCGAGUUGUACGAGAAAUGGACACCGACACUGAUGUCCUACGUUCCCGGAUUUGCAAAGUUCAUGCGAUACACUCUAUUCGUGAUGCUCGAGAAGAACUUCUACGACAUGUUCACCGACACAGCCUGGGGCCGAGUUAUGCGGCCACGCAUGGAAAAGAAGUUCCUAGACCAUAUGCGCGAGCUCGCGCCAAAGGAAUACCACGAGAUCCUGACACCAAACUACAGCCUCGGCUGUAAGAGAAGAAUCAUUGAUGGGACUUGGUAUCGCAGUCUCAAUGCUCCGAAUGUGGAGCUGACCACCCAGCCUCUGACCAGAGUUAAUGCAAAGAGUGUAACCCUCGGUCCAGGUCGCCAUUACCCACCCAACAAAUCCGAAGUCGCAGAUGAAGUGAGAGAAGUCCCCGCCGACGUGAUCAUUAUGGCGAACGGCUUCGAGACAAAUCAAUGGCUUCAUCCACUCAAGGUCAUCGGCAAAGAGAACAAGAACCUAGAAGAUGUCUGGGCGGAGCGCGGAGGCGCCCAGGCUUACCAGGGUAUCGCGAUGGAUCACUUCCCGAACUUCUUCAUGCUGUUCGGCCCGAAUACGGCUACUGGUCAUACCAGUGUUAUCUUCGCCACAGAGAACGCUGUUAACUACUCGCUGAAGUUUAUCAAGCCCAUUCUAAAUGGCCUGGUUAGCUCGUAUGAGGUCAAGGAAGAGGCUGAGCGGGAGUGGACUCGCCAGGUGCAGAAUGAGUUGCAGAAGACUGUAUUCCGUCGUGGGGUAUGCACCAGUUGGUAUAUUACUGCCGACGGGUGGAACUCAAGCACAUAUCCGUUUACUCAGAUUCAUUAUUGGCUGCGAUGCACGUUCCCUGUGUGGUCGCAUUGGUCUGCUAAGCUCACGCGACGAGGUCGCAUCUUGCACGGUGUUCGGAGGGCCGUCAAGGCCUCUGUGCUUAUAGCUCUCUUGGCAGGCUUCAGAUUCCUGCAUAAGAACCCAGAGCAAAGACUUCUAUUGGUGCAGUAUUUGCUUUCUGGCAAGACUUGGCUGCGUUCAGCUGUGCAGGGAUUGAUCGCUCGUUGA